UCUCUCUUUCUCCCUAAGUAGCUGAAGCACACAAGUCCCCAUCAUGGAUUUUCAGCAUCGUCCUGGAGGUAAAACUGGAAGCGGAGGCGUAGCCUCUGCCUCAGAAAGUAACCGAGACCGCAGGGAGAGGCUCCGGCAGCUGGCUUUGGAAACCAUCGACAUCAACAAGGACCCUUAUUUUAUGAAAAAUCACUUGGGCUCUUAUGAAUGCAAGCUUUGCCUAACGCUGCACAACAACGAGGGGAGUUACUUAGCACAUACCCAGGGGAAGAAGCAUCAGACCAAUUUGGCCCGUCGAGCUGCCAAGGAAGCUAAGGAAGCCCCUGCCCAGCCCGCACCAGAAAAAGUCAAAGUGGAAGUGAAGAAAUUUGUGAAAAUUGGACGACCGGGUUAUAAAGUGACCAAACAGAGAGAUCCAGAAACAGGCCAGCAAAGCCUUCUCUUCCAGAUUGAUUAUCCGGAGAUUGCAGAAAGUAUCAUGCCUCGGCAUCGGUUCAUGUCAGCCUACGAGCAAAGGAUUGAGCCCCCCGAUAGACGCUGGCAAUACCUUUUGAUGGCAGCGGAGCCCUAUGAAACCAUAGCUUUCAAGGUGCCAAGCAGAGAAAUCGACAAAGCAGAAGGAAAGUUUUGGACCCACUGGAACAGGGAAACCAAACAGUUCUUCCUUCAAUUCCACUUCAAGAUGGAGAAGCCCCCAGCUCCCCCAAACCUCCCUCCAGGGCCCCCAACUGUGAAGCGGCCUCCUCCACCUCCGCUGAUGAACGGCUUGCCCCCACGGCCACCUUUGCCGGACUCCAUGCCGCCGCCUCCUCCCGGAGGCAUGACUCUGCCUCCUAUGCCUCCCUCUGGACCAGUGCCACCGCCUCCAGUGCCACCCCAGUUGCCGCCAGCACCCGGCGUACCCCCCCCUGCUCCUCUGCCACCCAUGAUGAGGCCACCUCUCCCCACGGAGGGGCCAGGCGCUAUCCCCCCUCCGCCUCCCUCCAACUGAGGGCCCUCCUGGACUCAGUCCUGCUGGACUCCUCUAGCUCCUACCUUUUUAUAUGCAGAUCGCAACUGAUUCAGAGAAAUAUUUGUUUUGUAUGCCCGUGAACGUCACUAAAUCCUGUAGGUUUCAUUAAAAGGUUUUCAGUUUUCCUUUC